AUGGCCGCCGCUAAGUCGGAGGAUUUCAACGCCAAGUAUACCGAUGCCAACUUGGCCUCGGAUGCGGCACCCUACGAUUCUGAAAGGCUCUGUAAUUUAGUGAAGAUACUCGAGGAUGCCGACAAUGGGAGCAUCAGCACAGCAGCUCCAGCGAUACUCGCCGGAAUGUUAUGUGCCCAGAAAAGAGGGGAUGCCGUUCCGAAGCUGUACCGCGACAUCGUGAGUGGAAAGUCGAACAAUGACAAGAAAGCUAUAUUCUUUGGUAUGAAACGCGCCACGAAUCUUACGUGGGCGUUUGUCGGUCUACCGAACUGUAUUCCGGCGUGCCUGGGCCUUAUCAAUGAGCUGCGGCGAGACAACAUUGCAGUUCCAAGUGAGGUUGACCGCGCACCUUUCAAUGAGGUGGAUUGGUCUACUAAAGGCAAAGAAACGAAUCGCCAAAUCUAUCGAGCAGUGGGAAAUUCCGAAGUUGGGCAAAUGAUUGCCCAAUACUUCCCAGAAUUGUCAUAUAUUGCUAAUGCCGCCGUGUUUGGGUAUCUCAUCGGCGGUUCUGUGAAGGAACAGGCCCUCCCGCUAUGUGAAAUCAUCGUAGCCGGUGCCAUUGCGGCGAUGGGUGCUACAAGGCAGGCGAGAAGCCACUUCAAAGGCUCCAUGGGCUUGGGGAUAUCCCAAGCGGCUGUGGACGCCGUGUGGGGAGUUGCCCAACAGGUAGCGGCUUGGAAUACGACAAAGCUGCCCGGGGAUAUCAAUGUUGCGGCGCUAGCAGAGGAAGUUAAGGCGAAUCUGGCGCAGAUCAUGGAUGGCCCAUCGAGCUGA